GAGAACUCAGAAUUGCAGCAAGCAGCAAAAAGAAGAUAAUUAAUCGUCAUUGAUUUAGCUAGCUAGCUAGUAUGGUUUCUUUCAAGGAAAAGCAAGCUCUUCUACUUGAAGAAGUCCAUACACUACCCCCUCUGAGCCCACUGUCUCAGUGCAUUAACAGUUCUAGCCUCUCAAUUCCCAUAAUCGGGGUGUACGAGCUGGGUGCCCCGCUCAACAGAUCCCAAACUGCUACGUUUCUCCAAGAUAUCUUCAUACCCAUCAAUGAUCGCUUCUCUUCUGUCAUCAUCACCGACAAGAAGGGAAUGCAGAGAUGGAAGAAGGUGGAGGUUGAUAUCGACGAACACAUUCUCAUCCCCACCUUCCCUUCUGGUUUAUCCAGAGAAGACUAUGACGACUACACCAACGAGUACUUGUCCAAGAUUACAAUGGACCCUCUCCCAGAAAACCGGCCUCUGUGGAACGUCCAUGUCAUCCCUUACCCGUCCACCAACGCCGAGGCCACUCUGGUGUUUAAGAUCAACCAUGCAAUUGGUGAUGGCUACUCACUCAUCGGUGCACUGUUUUCCUGCCUGAAAAGGGCGGAUGAUCCUUCGCUUCCGCUUACUUUCCCUUCCAUGUCCUCCAGAAUGAUGCAAGGUACAGGAGGGUUAAGUAAGUGGUCUAGAUUGUGUAGCUUUCUAACUGUAUGCGUCAACACUCUUACCGACUCUGCUCGGAGUGUGUUGUUUGGUACGUUUCUGGAAGAUGAUAAGACCGCAAUCCGUUCUGGGUUGCCCGAAGUCGAGUACGAACCGAUUUCCAUCUCAUCCAUUACAUUCUCCCUCGACGACCUAGGCCGAAUCCAGUCCAAGUUUGGCGGGACUGUGAACGAAGCGGUGACCGGAAUCAUAUCAUACGCGAUCCAACUGUACAUGAAACGAGUAGGGAAGGUAUCAAAGAAGGCGAGGAUAACAUCUUUGGUGGUGUUGAACGCAAGGAUGUUGAAAGGGUUUAAGACAGUAGGCGACAUGCUCAAGGCUAACAUAUGGGGAAACCGAUUUAGCUUGUUGCACGUUUCGGUUCCAUCCAACGUGGACGUGAACAAAGUGGAUCCCAUGGAUUUCGUAGUCCAAGCAAAGAAAGAGAUGAGGAGGAGGAGAAACUCCAUGGCUCUCUUCUUCAACAAUAGAUUGCUUCACGUCUUGAGGAGCAUCAGAGGCCCAGAGGCUGCAUCUCGAUAUAUAUACUCAACAUGGAAGAACGCCAGCAUCACAAUGACUAGCUUGGUUGGUCCUACGCAGAAAAUGGUGAUAGCAGACCUUCCCAUUAACAGCUUCUACUUCACGUUGGCCGGUGUUCCUCAGAGCCUUGUAUUUACCAUAGUGAGUUACAUGGGAAAGCUGAGGGUGGCCGUGAGAACAGAAAAGGAUUUCAUCGAUUCUCAGCUGUUCGUUUCAUGCAUGAAUGAAGCCUAUGAAAAGAUUUCUGAAGCGGCUGAAGCGAUUCGAACGGCUCCUGGGAAGAAUUCCAAGAAAUCUGAUUGAAAAACCUGUUCAAGCUACAAAGAGCAAACCACAUGGGCCAUGGAAAUACCGAUAAAAUAUAUGAUUUACUAAGGAUAAAUAUUCUGAUCUAGUCUAUGGCUUAUAUUUGCCAGAUUGCAGCUUUAUACUACUGCACUUUAUCAACAAUAAAUUAUAUAACUCCAACCCUGCAUUCCUUCCUCUACUUCUUGUAUCAAUUAAUAGAAGAUCCCGAUUGUUGCAAAA